AUGCCUCUUUGCAGUUAUACUUUACUCGAAGCCAUUCAUAGAGGGAUGAAUCGAACAUCUGCCAGAACUCCGAACGGCUCAUUUCCGUGCCGUCGUGCACCACUGACACUCCAUUCACAUAUCGCACGAAUUCUUCUAUGCGCCGGAUGCCGGCCUUAAGGUUGACGUCCGAUCUCCCGGGAAGUCCGUAGACACCCACAUUGACGAAUAGUACAUUUCUCCCGGAUCGCUGACGAAUCAUUCCCGGACAUGACGGUUGAUUGUACGGGGACAGCCAUAGUGGAUAGACCUCUAGCUCCUUAUCACAGGUGUCAAUAGCUUCAGCGAGGUGUUCCAUGGGAACGAGAAAAUCUUUCCGUACACGGUUUUUGUCCAAUCUCGACCUCAUUAUCCUGGGGCUGAGCAACUCAACCAGGUCGAGGUUAGGCGGACACAUCCAUCCAAAGAACCAUCGAAAUAGGAAAUUAUUACCAAAUGGAAUGAAAUCCUUAA